UGGGUUUUCUGUGUUGUCAGAGACCAGUUGUUUGUGAACAGAACCUGUCUGGCAGGUCUGAUUUGGGUUGAGUAAUAGGGAGCGGCUCACCAACACACAAAAACCAGAAGACUGACGGCGAGUGGGCUUAGUUUUCAGAGAGCCCUUUGCCUUUUCUUCCCACAGGCUUCUUCCUCUCUUUCUCCCUUGAACAUGGAAUCUAGAUUUGGAGUUGUGCUGGUUUUAAUCUUGGCAGCUGCAUCAUCAUCUGCCCAGAAGGCCUGUACCUGUGCAACCAACAGACGGACCCAAUGCAGUGAAGACAUAUCUGGGAACUGCCUCUGCAGGUCGGUGGGUUCAAAUCAAAGAGUGGAUUGUUCAGUGUUGACUUCAAAAUGCCUCUUGAUGAAGGCAGAAAUGAGCCCCUCGAAGGCCAGGCGCUUCUCCAAACCUGAGCUGGGCUUUCUAGACAAUGAUGGAAUUUACAAUCCGGACUGUGAGGACAGUGGUAUCUUCAAAGCCAGGCAGUGCAAUCAGACUGACACUUGCUGGUGCGUGAACACUGCUGGUGUGAGAAGAACUGAUAAGGGUGACAAAAACCUGAGGUGCAGUGAACUAGUCAGAACUAACUGGAUCUUCCUUGAACUGAAACACAAGGAGAGGUCGGAACCUUUCCAGGCUGCUGAAGUUGCCAGUGGACUGAGGCAGAUAAUUCAGAACAGAUACAAGCUGCAUCCAAAGUACAUCACUGCCAUUGAGUAUGAAUACCCAUUCAUCCAUAUUGACCUGAAACAAAAUGCUUCCCAGAAAUCCAGGGGAGAUGUCGAUAUAGCUGAUGUGGCUUAUUACUUUGAAAAAGAUGUUAAAGGUGACUCCAUAUUUGAUCCUAGUAAUGCAUUCAACCUCUCUGUUAGCGGACAGCCUCUGGAUGUGGAAGGAAUUUUAAUUUACUAUGUGGAUGAAAAGCCACCUGAAUUUUCUAUGAAACGUCUGACUGCUGGCGUUAUUGCUGUGUUGGCAGUAGUGAUAUUGACUAUUAUUACGGGGAUUACUGUACUGGUUAUUACCAGAAGGAGGAGGACCGGAAAGUAUGAGAAGGUCGAGAUCAAGGAGAUGGGUGAAAUGAGACGAGGGCAGAACUCAUAGCUUCCUUAAUCUGAAGGCAGAAAGUAAGACUUUGAUGAGAAGGAAGCAGAAUGAAAAUGGCAAAAUUAUUCAAUGUUUCUGUGGGGAGUUUGGGGUAUUUUUUAUUUCUAGUUUUAAAACAACGAUUUUCUAAAAUCCUAAAUGAUCUUAUUAUAAAGUGAUAUUAGCUAGUGUAAAUUAAUUUGAGAGUUGGUUAUCAAAAACACUUGGAAAGAAAAGUUGAGCACUCUAGCCCAAAGUUUUCCAAUUAUAUAGUUAUAUAUUAAGGGGACAAGAAAGUUAUUUGUACUUCCAAACAUAGCUACUUAGCAUAAUUUAUAAUUCCUACAUUUGUAUUACUAAAAAGCCUGUAAAACUUGUUUAAACAUUUUAUGAGGCCUCUUUUUUUUCACACCCAGGUGCUGAAGCUUUCACUGUCUGACUCACUUGUAUAACUAAGGUUGGCUUUCUGGUUUCAAUGAAGUUUUUAAAGAUACCACCUUUGAUGAAGUUGCUGAAAUGUUUUUGUUUUCACCAGCUUUGCAUUUAAUAAAUUCUACCAAAAUCAAAACAAACAAAAAUUGU